CUAAAUUAAAAAAAAAAUUAACAUGUUCUAAGCAUUUUCUAUUAUUUUUGUUUGGAGCAGUUUUUUUGUAUUUAUAUACGUUUAUUUUUAAACAAUCAACAAUGUCUAACGUCGACACUAUAGUACGGAAAUUGCGUUCGGAAGAAAUACCUCGGUUUGAGGCUAUGCUUUAUAACUACGAGACAACUUCGCUCACAGAUUUCAGAAAUGGCAAAAUACUGCCACAGCCCCCUAAAACAGUUUAUAAAGGGUCGCCCUGUGCGCCGCAACAUAAGAGCCGGUACGAGCCGCUUAAACACCUGGAGACUAUGUCGGAAUAUAUACAGAAAAUACCAUUUACAUUGUACAUGAAACCAAAAGAAAUUUUACACACGAAUCCGCAAGAUAUUCAGCAAUAUUAUGAGACGGGUGUGGAUAUGGAGCGUGAGGAAGCGAAAAGGACAAGACCAAGGGUCAUUAUGACACCUGGGGUCAUAAUCGACGAUACUGAUGAAAAGACGUACAAUCUUCUGGUAAAAGACAAGUACAUGUCGACCGCCAUGAAGGACUAUCAUGCCCACCCCGAGAUCGGCUGCCCUGUGGUGUCCCCUCUGGUUCCGGUCCCUGCCCCACCUUUGCCUAUAAAGAUCAAGAAGUACAAUCCUUACUAUCUGGUGUCGCCGGAGUGGCGGAUGGACUCGGUGACGUGGGACACGCGGCAGGACCGCUCCUGCUGCCAUCCCACCAAGGAGUUCUGGACUAGGGGAAGGCCGAAAGACCAGCCCAUUGGCCAUAACAAAUAAAUAUAUAGUGCCGGACACACACAUGAGUGAAACAAUAAAUUAAUCUGAACGUUUAUUGAAAUGCAAACACCAUCUUAUAAACUAUACAAUGGGAUAACAUACAUUCUAACCUAGAAUAAUUUCUAACCUAAAAAAAUAUAUCACAUAAUGACUAAAACAAUUUCGAGUCACAGAUUAUUUAUUUAGUGUCUUUUAUAGUUAUUUAUCUUUUUUUUUAUAACCUUAGCCAAGUUUUUUUUUAAUUUUAUGUAGCCAUGUUUAGAACAUAUAUUUUUUUAAAUAAUUUUGUGAUAGUUUACAUUGACAUUUUAAUAAAAGGUGUAAUUUUUCAAAGUA